AGAGAGAGACUGUGAUAACUAAAACACAAAUAAGUUAAUAACUGACUAAUAAGACAUCAUUGUUCUGCAGGAUCUAAGCAAAAAAAAAAGGCCUUUCUUUUUCACUGUCUUCAAUGCAGUGACUCUCUUUCUCUCUCUCACUCACACCUCUUGUUACCUUCAAAACCUUCUCAAAUCUCCUCCAUUAUUUUUCCUUCUUUCUCUCUCUCUCUCUCUCUCCCUGCAACAAGCUGCAUCCAAAAGUGCUUGGGUUCUGUUGCAGCGACCAUGGCUGUUGUUGUUCUUGCGGUGAUUUUGUUGGCCAUGGCUGGUCACUCAAGUGGAACAUGGUGUGUAUGCAAAGAAGGGUUAAGCGAGGCAAUGCUGCAGAAGACAUUGGACUACGCAUGUGGUGCAGGAGCUGAUUGUGGACCCAUUCACCAGAACGGUCCUUGCUUCAAUCCUAACACCGUCAAGUCUCAUUGCUCUUACGCCGUCAACAGCUUCUUUCAGAAGAAAGGUCAGUCUCAGGGAACUUGUGACUUUGCUGGCACAGCCAUCGUCUCAGCCUCUGAUCCCAGCUACACUACUUGCCCUUUCCCUGCAAGUGCCAGUGGAAGUGGGACAACGACACCAGUGACGACAACACCUUCGACAAGAGUCCCUACAACAACGAAUACAAGACCCUACACAAUGACACCAUCAACAGGAGGAGGUUUGGGAAUACCGUCUGGAACAGGCGGUAUUAACCCGGAUUACACAGAUCCAUCCUUUGGAUUCAAACUCCAAAACCCAAGAUUUGGUUUCAUCCUAGUCUUCUUCACACUCUUCUUACCUUUCUACUUGUUUAGCUAACUUAAGUGAUAUAUGUGGGAUGAUGUGAGUGUGGGUCUCUCUAGCCUACUACUGUUAAUUGAUGGAAUCUUUAAAAGAGAGACAUUUGGGAGUGUAACUUGUUUUGUUCCAUCUUUGUCUGGUUUAUUAGCUGUUACCCACUGGCCUCCCUAUAAGAAUUGUACAUUUUCUUGAUUUUAUGCAAGGAGACAGAAAUAUUUAAGGUUAGCUUCA